UGGUAUGUACAGAUCGUAAUUAAAAGAGCGUCGGCAAUAUACUGUAGGUAAAUGAAACCUCAUCAAACAGUAUGGCAACUUAAAGUCAGUUUGUAAAGAGGUUAUAUCUUAGCAAAUCGAAAAAAAGAGGGCGAGAUACGAACUAAGUCGGCGCGAAAAAAUGUCAGGCACGGGCAGUGAAGAAACCGCCAGAGGUGCUUAUGGCGUUUACGAGGACAUGUCUGAAUAUCAACACCCCUCACGAGGAUAUAACCCAUUCACCACACCAGAAGAUUCACGUUAUAACCCACAGGACAUGUCGGAAUAUCAACACCCCUCACGACGAUACAACACAUUCACGACACAAGAAGAAUCACGUUAUAACCCACAGAAAUGUGAACACCGCAGUGCCACAAGAAUUCGUCGUAGACACCAAAAACGAAUAUCCGGAAAAACACCCAAAAAGAAUGUGGAGGACAUACAAGACAUAAGCGAAAUGCUUGGUUUAUUUCGUCUGCUCCAUAUAGCUCACGACCCUACUAAAUUAGGUCUUUCCGAAAUGAAGAAGACGGCUAAAAGAGUACUCGAAGACCAAGGUUCUGGCAGCGGAAAGUAUUCAUAUGGCACAACGGGAUUUGGGGUAAUAGCCAUGUCAAAAGACGAGGAUAUGUUGAAGAGAAAAACACUGCUGGACUUUAAUCUCCAGGUUGACGAUUGUGUGAGGCAAUUGGGCAGCCACGCGAUUGAGGUUCUAGACGUUUACUAUAGCGAUGGAAGUGUUUUGAAUGUUUUGGGAGAAGAAAGGGAGCGCUUAACGAAAACAGAAUAUAACAUCCUUAUUGCAGGUGAAAGUAGUGCUGGAAAAAGUAGUUUAGUGAAUCUUAUUCUCGGCGAAGAGCUUCUUCCACAUCAUGUUCUCAAUACCACUUCUACAAUAUGCGAAGUAAAAUAUGGGAAGGAACGAAAAUUGAUUGCUCACCAUAACUACGAUGAGAAACAAAGGAUGCGGCCUAAACCUGAAAUUUAUUUGUUGAAAACAAAAGAAGAAUGCGGCAAGAAUUACUAUGAACAAAUCGCUCCCUUCGUGCAAAGGAAGUCCAACGAGGGAUCUAAAUAUACUAAAGUAGAAAUCUUUUGGCCGCAUGAAUUACUUGAGGAAGAAAUUGCUAUUGUCGAUAGUCCAGGUCUGGGUGAAUCUGAUGAAAUGGAUGAAGUUCUGAUGAAUUAUCUUCCGAAUGCUUUUGCGUUCAUUUAUGUUCUUGACAUUUCCCGUGCUGGAGGAGUACAAAAAGAUAUCAAAGAGAAGCUAAGGACCAUCUUAAAAAAGGUGAAGUCCUCCAGUGGCGGCGCUGAGACCCUUCAACAUUUAGCCGAAUGUUGGCUUUUUAUCUGCAGUAAGUGGGAUCAAGUAAAAGAAAAUGAAAAGUCAGAAACGAAGGAACAUGUCGUCGCAAUGUUAAGAGAGGGUUGGGAAGAUUCAAGUUUGAAUCAUCAAAUUGUGUACAUGUCAAUAAAAGAGGCCAUCAAAGUACAGGAAUAUGGCGGAGUCACAGAAGAGUUCAAUGAUUUACUCCAAAAAUUAAGCGAUGGUUUGAGGGCAAUAAAUAUUAGGUUUACAAUCACUGGCAGUAUAACCUGCACUAUUGAGUUUAAUUUCACUUUGUCGUUAUAUGAAUUGCUGUAUCAAAUUUAUAGAGUAACCUACUUCUUCAACCAAGAGGUGCAAUCAACUCACCAAGAAACCCGUAAACGAAUGGAAGAAAUCGAGAAACGCAUCAAAGAAAUUGAACGAAAAGAGCAAGAUGUAAAGAGAGAAAUGGAGGAAAGAGUGAAAACCCACACCAAAGUUCUCCAAGCCAAACUCGAAGUUUAUAUCUACUCGAUGGAUUUCAAAACGAAAUUCUGCUCUUGGACGAAUUGUGCACUUCCGAAAAGAGAAAUAACUUGGGAAAUGACAAAGAGAAACAUCAAAGAAGCAAUUGAUAGCCGAUUCAAAGAAUUGCUCAUUGAGUGGGAAAAUGGCCAUCAAGUUUAUGCUGAAAUUCAUAGGGAGAUUCUGGACGAAUUUCGUAAAAGUUUGAAUCUUUUGGAGGAGGAACUUGAAGGUGUUGAUAAAGCGAUAUAUAGUGUGGAAAGACGUGCUUAUCAUUCAGGGAACAAAAAUAAAAUUCCCUUAAAGGCGAAAGUUAUCUUCGGAGUGAUUAGUCCUCUUUUGAUUCCAUUCGGUGUGGCGGGUUUGGUGAUUGGUAUGCCUGUUUUGGGAGCAUUGAGUAUGAAAGAUAAAGUAAGUACAAAAAAGAAGUUUGACAAUUACCAAAAAAAUCCGCGUGACUAUCUGAAAAAAGAAUCUGAAAAAUAUCUGGAGCGACUGCCGAAAGAACACGUGUUAGAAUAUGCUCAACGCCUGAUGGAGAACACCAAAAUGGUGCUAUCAAAAUAUGGAGAUAAAAUUCCCAUCCUGAUUGAGGCCAAUCGUAAACUGGUGAUGCAAUUAAUUAAUGAUACCCGAAGUCAGGAUGAAAUAUUGGGAAUGUAUGACUCAAUUCAGAAGAAAAGUCUCGAAAUUAUAUAUGAAAUCCUACCCUGGGGAAUUAAGCUCUGUCCAGCAACUAUAAAUGGCAGUGAUCUUGACUGGGAAAAAGACCACAGUUCAUGCCUCGGCGAGGGGGAGGUAUCCACAGUGUACAAAGGGAAGCUAAAGAAUCUUGGAAGAAAUAAAUCACAGACUUCUGAAAUGAACGUGGCGGUAAAAGUAUUCAAGGGACCAUUUGAUGAACCGAAUUCAAGAUACUUUUUGCAAGAAGAAUUCCAGAUUAGAGAUUUGAGACAUAAAAACGUUCUCAAGUAUUUUGGAGCAGCCCGAACUAGUGAUAAUACUCUUUUAUCCAACGACCACCAAUUUAUAUUCGUGAUGGAAGCAGCCAGACAAAACCUGCGAAGUGUCAUUUUCAAGAACCAAAUUCUGACCCCAGCGGAGUCUGAAAACUCCAAACUAGCAAUUGGCAAGUUCAUUAAGAGGGCGAUGGACAUAGCAGCUGGUCUAAACUACAUUCACGAGAGAGGACUAAUCCACAGACAUCUCAAGCUGGAAAAUAUUCUGGAAGAUGAGGAUGGGACCGCGAUGAUAUCUGAUGUUGGGAUUGUGGGACGAUUUCUGGAAACAGAGAAAAGCAUGCCUUAUCUUGCACCUGAAGUACUUGAAAACUUGACGAAUCGCGCAAAAGAAGCAGAUAUGUAUAGUUAUGGUAUUGUGUUGUGGGAGAUGUGGUAUGGCACCCAGGCAUUCACAGAACUUAUGCCUACCGACAAGGUCAAAUUUCGAGAAAAGAUAGCAAAUGGGUACCGUCCAAAGAUCGACCGCACAACGAACAACAUUCCAGAAAUACAUGCUGUCAUAGUGAGAUGUUGGGCCACUGAAGCAGAAGAAAGGCAUUCUGCCAACGAAUGCUAUGAGAUGUGCUACGAGAUAUUUCAAGAAAUGAUUGAAAAAGGAGUCAGCGAAAUGUUGGCAAAAGACCGACGAUGUGUUGAAAUGUUAUGCACAGAACCAUCUGAACAAAUACAGUUAACAUCUCCACCACCAGAAAAUACAUCCCAUCAGGAAUUUGAACAGUCCGAAAUCAACAGGGAAACUCUAUUGAAAGCACUUGCCGAUAUUGAGAAAGAGAUUGAAAACUUAAAUCAGGUCAAUCUGGCAACACGAGUGAAAGACUUGCGAGCGCAGGUUAGUGUUGUUUUGGAAGUACACUCUGACGAUAUCACACGCCUAAACGCUGAAAUCGAUAGUCUCAAAGAGCAAGUUGAAAUGUUGAAAGCAAAAAAUGACGAGUUAAAUAAUAAAAACGAGCAGCUCAUGAAUAAAUUAGCGGUUGCCCAAACAACUUGGGAGUGGGAAGCACACUUAGCAAGAUUUGUGACCGAACCCCGAACACGAAUCUAUCCAUAUGCCAGGUUUAAACAAAUGCAACGGUACCUUAAAACAGUAGGAGCAACAGACAACCUUUGGACGAAGAUACAAAAAAAUUAUGGUGUAUGGACUGAUGACCAUUGGGAAAUGGUCAAUACUGUGAGAUUGGAGAGAAAUUGUAUUGCACAUCCGGAUUUUCUCGAACUUGAUCUCGUAGAAUCUGAAGUGCUGAAGAUGUCACCACACUUUCAUGAACCCAUGCGAGACAUGUUGGCAAUGCUAAAGACGACUGCCAGUUUGAUGAAAUUUGGAAGGCUAGCAAAGUUCUUCACCAGAAACAACUUAUUUCCGUCUGGAAUGGUAGGUGGUGAAUUGUACCCGCAAGUACUGAAAGAUAUCACCUCGUGGGAUCGUGAAUUUGAAGAAAUUGAUGGUCUCCAGAACAUCGAGCACCAAGACGCGAAAGAGUACUUAGCUAAGUACGUAAACCAACCUGAAAAAAUCACGCAGUAUUUUUCAAUCGUUGACCUGAUCAAGAGUGAAAACAAGAAACCAUUGGGAAAACUGGCUUGGGAGUUCGAAACUCGUUAUUCUUCGAGAAUGACAAAUGAAGAGAAGGAAGCAUUGGCUGAAUUGAAGAAGUUGGCCCCAGAAAAUGAAAGAGAGGUGAGAAUUUUGGAUGUCACCAUAGCAAAGUUGCACACACCCGACUUCUUGCCAAAGCAUUUGUGGAAACAUGAGGUGCUUGAAGACCUCACGAAUCGUACAAAAGCAGCAGAUGUAUAUAGUUAUGGUAUAGUGUUGUGGGAGAUGUGGUAUGGCACCCAGGCGUUCACAGAAUUUAUGCCCAUCGAAAGCGUCACCGAUUUCCGAGAAAAGCUGGUUGAAGGGCAUCGUCCAAAAAUAGAUAGAAACAAAAUCAACAUUAUAGGAGUACAUCAGGUCAUGGUAGCAUGCUGGGCUACUGAGGUUGAAAAAAGAUGGUCAAUGAAAGUGUGCUAUGAUGCAUUAUCGGAUGUGACAGGAUGGAGACUGGAAUGA